CUCGAUACGACGAAAUCUACUGUAACACAGCUUCUGCACCUUGCUCCACAGCACUACUAUGCAUUUGCCUCCGUCGUCAGACAUCGAACAAGAAAGGCCUGUCAUUCAUAUCAGUGUGUUUUACUCGCUAAGCGCCUCUUCCUGUCGUUCACAUCGCUUCAGUUCGCGAUGCUCGAGGCCGUACAAAUGUUUCUGGUUCGACUAGUAAUGUUCAAGAGCCCACCGAUCCUACCCACGACUAUGCGAUAGGUCUCUGCCCAACGCCCAUCCUUGACCUUGCUCUUCUUUUGUCUUCGGCGCCUGAUGCAGACCCGCCUACCCAUUAUGAAUAUGUUGAACUCUGGUAUUCUAUCUUCACUCAUUUCUUCCCUGGGCACACAAUUAUGCCAGGUUGGGAGAUUCCCUUCUCUUCCGACUAUUACAACAAUGAAAGGCACUCUUCCGGCUACCAGAAUGUAUCCUUGGCCGUGUUCCCCCCUGCCCAGGUGCAGCCCCUUGUAUUGGUGCAGGUAUGGUCCCAAGCGGACUUUGACAACCCUCACCUGCGAGACGCUGCGGCCUUGGAAUCCUCCCAUUUAUUCGAUCAUCUUGCCCCGUACAGCGAGUACCCACAGAUCAUGGUGAUUGCUGCGAUGGGGAUGAGCUGGAGGGCUAUCAAGAGAAAUGCGCUCCUCUCAAGCGACGAGGCGGAGAACCCUUGGUUGAGCACGUCGCACCACAGGGCGGAAUCCACCUGUGAAUGGAUGCCCAACGUCGUUAGCCAAGUCAGCUGGGAGGUGCUAGAGAGAUUGGUUGCUUCCGUGAAGCGGUCAUCGUUGCAGGCUCUUUGAAAAGGGGGGGAGAUUGCGAAAAGCCGUGAGGGGGGGGCACUGUAUUUGUAUCGUUCAUUUUGCAUUUUUGUCCGUUAUCUUUCGGAAGCCGGACCGGUCACCAUCGCGAUAGCAUUGCCGGUCGUGUUAGCAUGUGAUUUACAUCAGUUAUCGGUUUUUGUAAUGCGAAGCAGUCAUUCAUCC